AUGGCGACCAUCCAGGCCAUCGAGGCCCGAUCGGUCCAUCAAAUCCAGUCGGGUCAGGUCAUCGUCGACCUGUGCUCCGUCGCCAAAGAGCUGGUUGAGAACAGUCUCGAUGCCGGCGCCACGUCGAUUGAGGUCCGGUUCAAGAACAAUGGGCUGGAUUUAAUCGAGGUGCAGGAUAAUGGCGGCGGGAUUGCGCCGGAUAACUAUGCGAACAUUGCAUUAAAACAUUAUACCUCCAAAUUAUCCUCGUUCGAUGACCUCUCGCGCCUCAACACCUUCGGCUUCCGAGGCGAGGCGCUAUCCUCGCUGUGCGCCCUCGCCGAUUUCCACAUCGUCACAGCCCAAGCUCAGCAGGUCCCGCGCGCGAACCGUCUCGACUUUGAACAGUCCGGGAAACUCGGCAAGACGCAGAUUGUGGCCGGGCAGAAGGGGACUACCGCGUCGGUGGAGGGGAUCUUCAAGCGACUCCCUGUGCGUCGACGAGAGCUGGAGAAGAAUAUCAAGCGGGAAUAUGGGAAGGUGUUGAAUUUGCUCCAUGCCUACGCGUGCAUUAGCAGUGGGGUACGGUUCAGCGUGCGCAACGCGGUGGGCAAGACACGGAAUGUGGUGGUGUUCUCAACCAACGCCAAUCGCACCACCAAGGAGAAUAUUGCGAACGUCUACGGGGCCAAGACGCUGUCAGCGCUGAUUCCGCUCGAUCUUGAGCUGGAGUUUGAACCGUCGGCAGCGACGAGGCGUGCUGCGGCAACGAAUGGGGAGCAGCUCAACCAUAUCCAGCUGCGCGGCCAUAUCUCGCGGCCGGUGUUUGGCGAAGGACGCCAGACUCCAGAUCGUCAAAUGUUCUUUGUGAACUCGCGCCCUUGUGGGCUGCCGCAGAUUGCCAAGGCCUUUAACGAAGUUUAUAAGUCGUUUAAUGUGUCGCAGUCGCCAUUUAUCUUUGCUGAUUUCCAGAUGGACACAAAUGCCUACGAUGUUAAUGUCUCGCCGGAUAAGCGCUCGAUCCUGCUUCAUGAUGCCGCCGCGUUGAUUGAGUCGCUCAAGACGUCUCUUGCGCAGCUUUUCGAGGCGGCGGAUCAGACGGUCCCGCAGUCCCAGGUUCUCGGGUCCAAGCCGUCGGCUGUUAAACAGCAGGCUCUCGGUUCAUUACCGGGGGUUUCGACUGCUCGGCAGGUCAAUCAACCUGCGUCCGAAACUCCUACAAAGUCAAGUCAAGGUCAGGACGAGGAUGAGUCGGUAGAGGAUGAGCCGCAAACCAGCAUUCAAAGCGCUCAAGGCAGAAUGAAGCGUUUUAUGAGCUCGCAAGAUGACCACACGAACCAAGCCGAUGCUCCAUCUUCUCCUCUCACGGUCACAAAAACACCCAGUCGAGCACCGAAGCCAUCUCCCGCCACGGCCCCUGCUGAACCUGAGCCAGAAGCCCCAUCUGCCGAUUAUGAACACCAAGAGGAUCUUGACGAGCCACCAGAGGCUCUGGAAGAGGACGAUCCGGAGCCUGAUAUCUCCCAAGAACCCUCAUCACAGUCCUCAGAAGAGGAACAACCACCCACUCGUCAGCACGAGGACCUCGAUGAAACUCCAAAUGUGGUCCAGAACGCGUUCGAUAGAAUGCGCCCACGACGUGUCCCGGCUGAGAUGGCGACUAUCACCAUCGGGAAUCGCACGGUUACUUCCAUGGUCGGCAGCGGUCUACCGCGCAAGCGAGCAUUUGACGCGUCGCCGUCUACUAGGGAACCGCCGCAACGGAAACGAAAAAUCCAUACACCAUCGCGGCCUAAUAUAUUCGGCAAACAUAUGAAGGCUUUUGCGGCUCCCGGGUCGCAGCCGCCCGAGGAACACGAGGAAGAAGACGAAUAUGAAGAAGCAGACGAUGGCUCUGCAGAUGAGGUUGAUCAAAAUGACGACGUAGAAGACGAGGAUGAGGAUGAGGGCGAAGCGAGUUCCGCUCCUCCAUCCGAGGAUAUGGAUUACGUUCCCGAAGAACAGGGCUCGUCUGACCCACCGGCAAUUGACAAAGACCAGGAAGCCAACGAGGAAGAGAGGGUACUUAUCGCAGAUGAAAGCGGCGUCGAUGAAGCCGAUAAAAAGGCUCAAGAAGAGGCCAGGGUGCAACAGCUCAUCCACGACGCCGAAGAAACAGCCAUGCUUCCCCAAGAGCUUAACACCAGCCGCGCAAACAAAAUUAACAAGGGUACCACCCACCGUGAUACCACCGUGCAACUUGUGAGCACAAUUGAUGGAUCCCUUUCACGGCUACAGUCGCAAAUGACAAAGUUGCAAGACUGUCUGCAGCCCCAUGGGCCAUCGUCUGGACCGGAAGAAGCCGAUUUCAAUGACAAAACCCCCGAGGACCGACUGUCCCUAACAGUUAGCAAGACCGAUUUCGCGCAGAUGCGCAUCGCCGGGCAAUUCAACCUGGGAUUCAUCCUGGCUGUCCGGCCCGCAGAGGACCACGACGAGCUGUUCAUCAUCGAUCAACACGCCUCCGACGAGAAAUUUAACUUUGAGCGUCUCCAAGCCGAAACCGUGGUCCAGAACCAGCGACUGGUCCGCCCGCAGCGUCUCGACCUCACGGCCGUGGAAGAGGAGAUCGUGCUCGAAAACCGCCCCGCGCUAGAAAAGAACGGUUUUAUCGUUACCGUCGACGAAAGCGGCGACGAACCCAUCGGCCGCCGCUGCCAGCUCGUCUCGUUGCCGCUCAGCAAGGAAGUAGUUUUUGGUUCGCGGGAUCUGGAGGAGCUGAUCGUGUUGCUGUCGGAGUCUGCUGUCACCAGCGAGUCCUCGGUGCCGCGUCCCAGCAAAGUGCGCAAGAUGUUCGCUAUGCGCGCCUGUCGCUCGAGUAUUAUGGUGGGAAAGACGCUGACGGCGCGGCAAAUGGAGCGCGUGGUCCGCAAUAUGGGGACUAUCGAUAAGCCCUGGAACUGUCCGCAUGGUCGACCGACGAUGCGGCAUCUGAUGAGUCUUGGGCAGUGGGAUGAGUGGGAUGAAUGGGAGACCCCUGGGGAGGGGGCUUGGGGGUAUGGAAGGAGUACAUGGAAGAAGAAGGCGAAGACGAGGACGAUGGAUGAAACCAGCAACGAUUGA